AUGGACCCGAGCAAAGACCUUUCGGAAACAGCGCCUGCCCCUCCUCCACAGGCCCCCGGACAGACGGCGGCUGAGCGGGACAAGUCGCUGCGCUUCGUGACCCAACACAGAGCUGAGGCUCGGCUCUCCCUCGUUAGCAGCACUAGGCCAGUCUGGCUGGCAUCCAUAGGACCUCCUCUGAGCAGUUCAGCUCAUCGCUCAGGGCACGAUCCCAUGGAUGCGCAACAGAACAAAACAGCCAAGUCCCAGUAUGGACAAAUCGAGGAGUUGAUGUCCUGGGACCAACUCAGGCGAGAGGGCCUGCGGCGCCCCUCCAUACGGUCCGCCUCUGCGCCCCCUCCCCCCAGUGAGAGCUACUAUAGGACCCCCAAGCUGGAAGAGCUGCAGUACAUGCUCUGGGAGCCGCUCCUCUGCCACAGAACCGUCACUGAAGUCUGGCCUAACCUCUACGUCGGAGACCUAUUCAUAGCCCGUGAUAUUGAGCAGCUCCGCCAGCUGCGCAUCACCCACAUCGUGAACGCUGCCGCCAGAAGGAGCCACAUCACCUCCGGGCCCAAGUCCCACAAAGACCUGCAGGUGGAUUACUACGGGGUUGAAACAGACAACAGGGGGAACGUUGAUCUCAGCAGCCACUUCUACCCAGUUGCGGAAUAUAUAAGAGCAGCGCUGAAGUCCCCCGGAGGGAAAGUUUUGGUGCACUGUGCCAUGGGGAUAACCCGCUCCACAAUCCUCGUGCUCGCCUUCCUGAUGAUCUGUGAAGAGCAAACCAUUGUGGAUGCCCUGAAGACGGUGCGGCCACGCAGAGGGGUCUCUUCCAGAUUCCUGAAGCAGCUUCGAGACCUCGAUGUCAUGUUAACGACCGAGAGGAUUCGAAAAAGAUUCCUCAGCUCUGUUGUGGCCGAUGCUUCUGAAGAAAGAAACUAA